ACCACCACUGACGCUUCCUGCUUCAUCAUCCUAGUCACUCAACCUGAGCACCGAGUGCUACAUACAAUUUCGACCAUGUCGACGCUCAAACUGGUUUCUGCGGGCUCAGAUGUCCCCUCGUUGCUCCUAACACUUCCUCCCGAAGUCAGAGUCUUGAUCUACAAAUUCGCCUUUACGCGUUCUACACCUUUGAGACUGCGUUCGCCCACCAACAGGCGCCUUCGUCCAGCCCGACCUGCAAAAGACGAUACGCGAGGCUUUUUGGAUACUUGUCAACUCAUUCGUUCAGAGGCAAUUACUCUCUAUUACAGCCUGAAUCCUGUGAUAUUUCGGUCCACCGACCACGCCCUCUCGUUUAUCUCAGAUCCCACCAUUCACCCUCAUAUCAAGCUAUCCUUGGCCCACGUUGCAGUCGACUUUGGCGAUACUCAUGAUGCCGAUGCGAUCCUCAAAGACCAUAUCAGCUUGGUUGACAGUAGCCUAGGCCACCUACCUCGUCUGAAAGCAUUAGAAACCCGUUUCUACGCCCGUACCUUGGAUUCGUAUUACUCCUCACAUUUUCAAACCUUGGCUCUAGCAUUCGAUGGUCUCGAUGCUGACAUGAAUGCUCCUCCGUCUCCGAAAUCGCCUCGUUCUCCCAGGAGCUCCAUAUCCUCUUCCGAAGACUUGCUAAGCAUGGUCUCCUCCACAUCUUCAUUGUGUUCAUGCCCACCAGAAUGCGAACCAGAGCCAGACAUGUCAAUAGUGCAGGCGGAAGUCAUGGAACAAUAUUGCUUCAGCCCCAGCGCAGCCAUUGCCUUUGCGACAUCCAAGCUCAAAUUCUCCGUUGAAGCCUCUUCAGCACAUUAUCCUGGCGUAAAGCACGAUAAGCUGAUCUGCUACAACCUAAGGAUGAGCGUUGACGGAGUUCGGAAUACACUUGGUGGUGCCAAGGAAGCGGUCACCCAGCGUGUCAGGCGUGUAGGCAUGCUACCCCGACAAUUGAGCGAGAUGUACGAUACUGCCGCUGACGGCGGCUUCCACCAACGCGUGAGAGCAACGUUAGCAAGCUGUACUCGAAUUGACGUGGGAGUAUCGUGA